UACCUCAGUUACAGUUAAAUACUGGGAGCCUUGAGAAACACAAAUUGCCUCCAAUUCAUAUUUGAGUGGGAAGGCAGACAGACACCUUUCCUGGUGACAGACAGCACGCACAUAAUCAAAUCUGCAUGUUUAAAAAGAGCCGCUCCUGUGCUGCGUGUCUUUCUUCUAGAACUCUAAAACUAUCCCGUAAAUGGUGUCUGCAUCCUCUGAGAUGCAUUGUCAUGUCACAGGCUCCUAAUUCCUAUUUAGCCACUUUCUACAUGGCUUAGAAGGAAGGAAACAUUUAAGUAGGAAGUAUAUAAUGAAAUAUCCUUAGAAACCAAUUGAAUCUUGAUGAAGUCAGUAGACAUUUCAGGUGAUGUGAGCAAAGCUUUGGAGCAGGUUGUUACAUUGAAUUGUGAAACGAGCUGUUGUCACAUCUCCUGAUUUCAGUCAGCUUGAUUAGCCUCUUGUAUAACCAGGGGAGCUUCUGGGUAGCAGUUACAGGCUGUUUGGUUGGAAGUGUGAAUGUCUGUGUUCUAAAAACCAGGAUUUUGGCUCAGCUCAAGGUAAAAAUGGCUGCAGAAGAGAAGUGGAAAGGUUUGUCUUCAAAGCAGCACAGUGUGACUGGAGAGGCAGGUGGAAAGGAACCGGGUGUGCUUCUGAGCCAGCAGCUGGCUGAGCCGGGAAGAUUUGCUUACGCAGCGCUUUGUGGGAUAUCCCUUGCAUGGCUCUUCCCUGAAGAAGAGCAAAGCUCCUUCCGGAUGGGAUUCAUUGAGGGCUUUGUGAAGUGGCUGGACCUGCCCGAUGCUGUCUUACCUGCCAUGACAGCGUUUGCUAAUGGCCUAGGAGGUGAAGGCACAGAAACUUUUGCCCAGCUUUUGCUGCAGGAUGCCGUCCUGAAAGAAAAUCCUGUUGUCAUCACCCAAGACCUUCUGUCCUUCUCUCUCAGAGAUGGGCACUACGAUGCUCGAGCCAGGGUGUUGAUCUGCCACAUCACCUGGCUGCUUAGAAUCCCCUUGGAGGAGCUGGAAGUCCUGGAGGAAUCUCUGCUUGAAAGCCUGAAGGAACAAAAAGAGGAAGAGUCAGAAACUGCAGAAGCAGCAAGAAAAAAGAAGGAAAGAAGGAGGAAGCUGAAGAGGUACCUGCUCAUUGGCCUGGCAACCGUCGGAGGUGGAACAGUGAUCGGCUUGACAGGGGGUCUUGCUGCCCCUCUGGUUGCGGCAGGAGCUGCUACAGUCAUCGGAAGUGCUGGAGCAGCUGCUUUAGGUUCAACUGCUGGAAUUGCUGUCAUGGCAUCGCUUUUUGGAGCAGCUGGAGCUGGCCUUACUGGGUACAAGAUGAAGAAGCGUGUGGGAGCCAUAGAAGAGUUUGAAUUCCUCCCACUUACGGAAGGAAAGCAGCUUCACAUCACCAUAGCAAUUACUGGAUGGCUGUGCGCUGGCAAAUAUGGGAGCUUCACAGCACCAUGGAGCAGCAUGUUGCAGUCGAGUGAGCAGUAUUGUCUGGCCUGGGAAUCCAAGUACUUGAUGGAGCUUGGCAAUGCCUUGGAUACCCUGCUGAAUGGUUUUGUGAACAUGAUGGCUCAAGAAGCCCUAAAACUUACUGUCUUGUCAGGUAUUGUGACAGCUUUGACUUGGCCAACCUCGCUCUUGACUGUUGCCAGUGUCAUUGACAACCCCUGGGGAGUGUGUCUCCAUCGCUCUGCUGAAGUAGGCAAGCACCUAGCACAUAUCCUGCUCAGUCGACAGCAGGGCAAGCGACCUGUCACACUGAUUGGCUUCAGUCUGGGUGCAAGAGUCAUUUACUUCUGCCUGCAGGAAAUGGCUCAAGAAAAAGACUUCCAAGGCAUCAUUGAAGAUGUGGUCUUACUGGGAGCUCCAGUGGAAGGAGAUCCCAAGUACUGGAAGCCUAUUGCAAAAGUGGUGUCGGGCAGGAUCAUAAAUGGUUACUGCAGGGGGGACUGGCUGCUGGGGUUUGUGUACAGAACCUCUUCUGCCCAGAUCAAUGUUGCAGGCCUCCAGCCAGUCGACCUGGAGGAUAGGAGAAUGGUAAACAUGGACCUUUCAUCUGUAGUCAGCGGCCACCUGGACUACAUGAAGCAAAUGGACACGAUCCUCAAAGCUGUGGGCAUUAAAACCAAGGAAGAGAAGGGCAGUGCCAGCUUCUCCUCCCCUCCAGGCAGGCAGUCCCAGCAGGGAGCGGGCAGUAGGACUCAGGAAGAGGAAGGCACUGGGCAGGAGGAGGAGGAGGAUGUGGCUGCAAGUGAUGCUCUCCCAGCCAGUGCUCACUGCCCAGAUUCCCCCAGCCCUGUCCUGGGAGGAACCAAGGAACAGGCAGCAGCAGAAGGAGCACAUUAGACCUUGGUGCUGGGCAGAGAUGCUCAACCAGCACUAAAACUGCUUCCAAAGCACUGUCCAAAGCGCUGGCAUUCCCAAAGGAAUAUCAGUAGCACUGGCAGAGCUGCAGCUGCAGGCUGCAGACCCUCCUGAGAGCCUGGAGCAUGGCACCAGUGUGUCACUGGAUCAGAGCUUAUGGAGCAGCUGCCCAUAGCAUCUCCCAUGGAGAAGGGGCUGAUUCCUGCCUGAAUCAGCCCUGCUCCUCAGGAAGCGCUUCCCUCCUUG